ACGUUUUGAAACUUCAGAGAGGCUUUACAAACUGAGUGUAGUUCAGUAUUGCUAUUUACUCUGUAAAGGUGAGAAGCUUGGUCUUAAACUGGAUCUUUGGAUACGAUGAGCGAUCGUACAAUCUCUGUGUGCUGCGGACUGCUGCUCUGCUGUCUGCUCAUCUCGCAAAGUGAAGGAGUGCCUAGUGAGAAUGUUAAACAGAUGCAGGCUCCAACUGUGCCACAGCGUGAUGUUCUAAAUGUUGACAACAAUCCCGUUCUCCAAAGCAUAUGGGAUGUACCACUUUUUUGUGAAAAGGGUUUCUCGCCAAGAGGUAAUCCGCCGCGUUGUCGAAAGUCGGCGUAAAACACGUUCCAGUGAUAUCAAAUUUAUACUUUUUAUUCACAAAUGCGUUUAAUAAAAUAAAAUACAGAAAUGUGUAA